GGGAGGAUUCACUCUCACCUGUGUCGGUGCGUGAGUGUGUCGUCCACGAAAAACUGUUGCAGAGUAAGGUAUAAAAGCAUGUGAAAGUGGAGAGAGGCAGAGCAGUAGCUAUCUGAAAGGUGCACAAUACCGAGUGAUUACUCCAAGGGAGUACCGUGUGAUCUAAUUGAUAAUUGAACUAGUGCUUCGGCGUUUGAGACCGUGACAAGGACUGUUUACAUUUACAUUUUUUCGGACUUUCGUGGCAGCUCAUACGAGAUGCGUGUGUUAGUGCUUUUUGCUACAUUGGGUGUAGCGAUGGCAAGGCCAGACGGUGGCUUUGGAGGCGGCGGUUUGACACUGGACAGCUACGCGGCCCCCAUCAGCAGCGGUGGAGGCGGCGGUGGAGGCGGCUACAGCAGAGGACCCGCUCCCCAGUACGGACCUCCGCAACAAGCUCCUGUAGUCCACAAGCACGUAUACGUUCACGUGCCGCCCCCAGAGCCAACUUACUACGCGCCCAAGAAGACCUACUCAGCGCCGCCCCCACAGAAGCACUACAAGAUUGUGUUCAUCAAGGCUCCCACGCCGCCUCCACCAACCGUGCCGGACAUCCAGAUCGCUCAGCCUCCCGAGCAGAAAACGCUCAUCUAUGUGCUUGUCAAGAAGCCAGAGGAUGCUCCUGAACUCAACAUCCCGACACCUGCUCCCACACAGCCAUCCAAACCCGAGGUUUACUUCAUCCGUUACAAGACACAGAAACAAGAAGGAUACCCAGACUCCGGUGUUCCACAGUCGCAAUACGGAGCACCCGCCUCCGGCCCGGCGCCUUCAGACAACUAUGGAGCCCCCCCUCCGUCGGCGCCGUCAGGCUCAUACGGAGCUCCAAGUGGCGGAGGCAACGGACCUUACUAGAAAACUUGCCAAAUUAACAUAAUUCCACACCCCAUCACACUGCCAGUCUCUUGUGGGAAAAGACUUUAUAAUAAUGCCAAAUGCUUCUUCCCCUGACACUAUGACGUAUUUUAUAGGUUUCUAUUAUCGAGUACAUUAUUUUAAUAGAAUCGUCUGAUUUUACUAUCACCGAGGACUGCAGGAUUCCAAGACAAGCUGAUACCUUGAUUUGAAAAUAAAGCCUAUUUGACUAUCCAUCUUGAUUAUGGGAAAUUCAUAAUUAUUGUGAAUCGCUCUCGCUACAAAACCAAAUUACUUUCGAAAUAGUUUUAUACUGCUUGUAAUACAACAGUUUAUUUGUGCGAUGCUUUACUGGGGGAGAAUCCACCAAUACAUCAUCUUAUAUUUUUUUGGAAUGACAAGCUUUAAAUAGGAUAUCAACCUGUGAUAUCAGAUUGUUGAGAUGAGCGCAUACUGUAAUUGCCAUAACACGUAGUAAUAUUAUACAGUAAUCUACGAAAUUUCUUAGGAUAGGACUAGCUUCGUCUAUGUGCUAUGGACGUUUGAAUCGUAGAAAUGUACAGAGUUCAAAAAAUUUAUGAACUGAAAAAUAUUUUUGUUAUUCCCAUUAUUUUAUGAAUAUUAUUGAUAUGGACUCAUUGGAAUGGAAAAGUAAAACAAGAUGUGUGUUGAAAUCUCACAUCUGUUGAAACCAAAACAUACUUUCUUCUGGAAGGAAUGAACGUCAGUCUUUGAUAAACAGCUUUGUUUUUGUUUUUAUCAAUUUUUGGAUCGACCGGUGCAUCAAUUCCUGCCUAUCUGGCGCACCCAACGCGACUCCAGGCGAAUGCGACACGAACUUGAUUGGUGCUUGGACAGACAGACAGGGAUCGAUGCUUCUGACCAACCAAAAAUUCAUGAAAACAAAACCAAGUUGUUAGAUUGGCGAAUGUCGAACCGGUGAAAUGAACAGAGUUUUAAUUACAUUAUCAACUCAUGAAAGAGUUACACUCAUUAUCAGAUUUUUCAUUUCGUUAUCAUCAAAUUCCAUGUAGUUGAAUAGUAAAUUACUGUCAUCAAUCUGUAAUAUUGUGAUUAUUUAAUAAUUGGACUAUUUUGUACAAAAUUAAGUUUUGUAAUAUUGUAUGUAGUAAGCUGUUUUUAUAAUAAAUGUUAAACGACCAAAGUGGA